AUGCCCGCUCCUGAGAUCCUGGUGCUAAUGAGUGAUCCCAUGCUAAGGGAGAAGAAGUUCCUUAAGUCUGUCCUGAGCAUCUUGGAAGAAAGGUCACACGAUAGGAACAGCAUUGUCCGCCAGAUGGCUGUGAGAGGCCUGGGAAAUUUAGUCUAUGGGGCACCUGAGAAGGUGAAAAAGUACAAGAAGUUUCUUCUGGACAUACUGAUCGGGGCCUUACAUGACAUUUUGAGUUCGGAAGUCAUUGGCGAGAGCAUGAAAGCACUGGCCAAAGUCCUGAAGGCGCUGAAAGAGAAGGACAUAGGUUCCUCCUUCAAAGACCUCACCCAACAGAUCCGGACUUACUUUGACGAUGAGGAUGAUGCUCUUCGCUCAAUGGCCUUUGUCCUAUUUGGCAUCCUGGCCCGGCUGACAAAGAGAAAAUGGAAGACCUAUUUCGCCGACCAGGUUAAAAAGAGCUGGGUCACACUUCUGCUGCAUCUGCAAGACCCAAACCCUGAGAUUUCAAUGGCCAAAGAGAAUGCAGAGCUGCUGGAGAAAUUGUACCAAAUCACCAUCACGUACUUCUAUAGCAGCUGGGAAGAGAUCCGGGCAGUUGCAGCCAACUUAGCUGCUCUCCAGGUCCUACAGAAAGACCCAAGUCCCACUGUCCAGCUGGUGACAACUGAGAUCAUAAGUGACAUCUGUUCUGGGCAAGAGAUUGGGGACUGA